AUGCUUUUCAACACACGCGUCAGCAAAACACUCGUCAACUCCGAGCGCAGCACACGCUUGGUUGAGGAUGUUCUAAAGUUGAAGUCUGGUGGUGAAGCAGUAUUACAGGAGUAUCAAGAAAUGGAAACCCUUACAGGUGCCGCAAGACGACAAAUGAUCAACAUACUGGUGGCUCACAUGAUUGAUACACAUGGGCAACUCCCUACUAAAGCUAUCAGAGAACAGUACGCUCUUGGCAUAGUGAUGCUGUUCCCUUCCCUCAGAGAUCCAUAUUCCAAGAAAGGCUAUGUUGAUCAAGACUUCACUCUCCUGUUUGACACCAAGACAUCCUCCAGGCUACUUCAGAAGUGGGACACGUUCUUCAGGCCAAAUGUCAUUAAAGAAGCCAAGCAACUUACUUCAACAGCAGACCUGAGUCAGUUGUUGCUCUCAGCAGAAUGUCCUAACAGUAGAGGACUGAAGUCUCCAAGAAUCAGUGCAUGUGAUGCUGCUAAAAGACUUGUAGUCUUUCAUAAGUCAUGCUGCAGUUUGGAGGAGCACCUCAACAACAACCAGCGUCAGCAUCCGUACCUCCUUGCUGUUGGACGCCAGAAAAGCAAGAUUGAGUGCUUCUACAUCGUCUUGGAUAAGCAUCUCAUCCCAUGCCAGGCAAACCGCUCCCUUGGAGCUUUUGAUGAACUUUUCAAGGCACAUUUUGUGUUCAAUUUGUGCUAUGAUAGUGCACUUAUGAACUUUUACACAUUCCUGCAGACAACAGUGUAUAACAUUGAUAUAGGUCAAAUGAAGGAGUCUCCCAGGGUUAGAGAUUUGAGAGCCAGACUGCUUAACCAGACAGUAACCUUAACUUAAAGCCGUGCAGUAUGAUGUUGACAUAAUGCUGAUCUGUUUUAUUUGUCAAAAAGAGCACCCAGACAGUCAACGGUUGAUUUCACAUUUGAGAGGUGAACAUAGUUAUUAUCCUGGAUAUAAGUUCAAAUUUAUUUGUUCUCAGCAAGGUUGUAGGCAUCAGUUCCAAACAUAUGCAGGUUUUCGUAAGCACCUCAAUAGUGUUCAUAGCAGUGUUCAGCUGAUUGCUCCAACUUCAACUGUUGGAUGUUCCGCAAAUGAGACAGUUGCAAGCUCAUCUUAUGCUUUGGAGGACGUUAUGAAUCCCCAGCAUCUAUUUCCUUGUUCCAGUGCUUUAUCUGAUA